CCUCCGCCCGUCCCCGCCGGGCGGGGCUGGUGCGUGGCAGAGGCUCGGGGCGCUGCGGAGCUGUGCGGAGCCGGCGGGGAAGCCGCCUCCAUGGUGCGUGCGGCGGGGCUGCUGCCCUGGGCGCUGCUGGCGCUGCUGGGCGCUGCCUCCCAGCCCGAAGAAAACCUGCUGGUUCUUACUGUUGCCACCAAGGAGACUGAGGGAUUCCAACGCUUUAGAAGAUCAGCUGAAUUCUUUAACUACAAAGUCCAGGUGCUGGGGCUGGAUGAGGAAUGGCAGGGUGGAGAUGACAAGAAGCCAGCAGGAGGUGGGCAGAAGGUCCGUCUCUUGAAAUCGGCUUUGAAGCAGCAUGCGGAUAAGGAAGACUUGAUCAUCCUUUUCAUAGACAGCUAUGAUGUCCUCUUUGCUUCGGGCCCCACAGAACUGCUGAAGAAGUUCAGACAAGCCAAGAGCAAGGUGGUCUUCUCAGCAGAGAACUACAUCUAUCCUGACAGGAAGCUGGAAGCCAAGUACCCUCAGGUGCGAGAUGGAAAGCGCUUCCUGGGUUCUGGAGGCUUCAUAGGUUAUGCUCCAAACCUGAAGAAGCUUGUGGAGGAGUGGAAAGGGAAGGAUGAUGACAGUGACCAGCUCUUCUAUACAAAAAUCUUCCUGGAUCCAGAGAAAAGAGAAAGUAUCAACAUCAGUCUAGACCAAAGAAGCCGGAUCUUCCAAAACCUAAAUGGAGCAUUAGAUGAGGUAGUCCUGAAGUUUGAAAACUCAAGAGUGAGAGCAAGAAACUUGUUAUAUGACACUCUGCCCGUGGUGAUUCAUGGAAAUGGACCCACUAAGCUGCAGCUGAACUACCUGGGAAACUACAUUCCUCAAAUAUGGACGUAUGAGACUGGCUGCACUGUGUGUGAUGAAGGUCUGCGAAGCCUCACAGGGUUUAAGGAUGAGGCAUUGCCAAUGAUUCUGAUUGGUAUUUUCAUCGAGCAGCCCACCCCAUUCCUUUCUCAGUUUUUCCUGCGACUUCGUAACCUUCGUUACCCAAAGCAAAGAAUCCAGCUCUUCAUUCACAACCAUGAGCAACAUCACUCGACGCAAGUAGACUCUUUUGUUCAAGAGCAUGGCAAAGAGUAUCUUGCCAUCAAAGUGAUUGGACCAGAUGAAGAGGUGGAGAACGCUGAGGCCCGUAACUUGGGCAUGGAUUUGUGCAGAAAGGAUCCUGACUGUGACUAUUACUUUAGCCUGGAUGCUGAGAUAGUCCUGAAGAACAAAGAAACUCUAAGGAUCCUGAUCGAACAGAACAAGCUGGUGAUUGCCCCACUCGUCAGCCGUCAUGAGAAGCUGUGGUCGAAUUUCUGGGGAGCACUGAGCCCUGAUGGAUACUAUGCCCGCUCAGAAGAUUAUGUGGAUAUUGUUCAAAGGCGGAGGGUUGGGCUUUGGAACGUUCCCUACAUCAGCAGCGUUUACAUGGUUAAAGCCAAGGCUCUGCGGUCGGAGCUUGACCAGGGAGAUCUCUUCCACAGUGGCAAGCUGGAUGCUGACAUGGCUUUCUGCCACAACGUUAGAAAUCAGGGAAUCUUUAUGUACCUGACAAAUCGGCAUCAGUUUGGACACAUACUGUCCCUGGAGAAUUACCAGACAACUCACCUCCACAACGACCUCUGGCAAAUAUUCAGCAAUCCUGAGGACUGGAGAGAAAAGUACAUCCAUGAAAACUACACAGCAGCUCUGAAAGGGAAACUAGUAGAAAUGCCCUGCCCAGAUGUUUACUGGUUCCCCAUAUUCACUGACACUGCCUGUGAUCAUCUGGUGGAAGAAAUGGAACACUAUGGCCAGUGGUCCACAGGUGACAACACGGACAGCAGAAUACAAGGAGGCUAUGAGAACGUCCCAACUAUUGACAUACACAUGAACCAAAUCGGCUUUGAAAGAGAAUGGUAUAAGUUUCUUCUGGACUAUAUUGCACCCAUCACAGAGAAACUGUACCCAGGAUACUAUACCAAGACGCAGUUUGAGUUGGCCUUUGUAGUUCGCUACAAACCUGACGAGCAGCCCUCGUUAGUGCCCCAUCAUGAUGCUUCCACCUUUACCAUUAACAUUGCUUUGAACCGAGUUGGAAUAGACUAUGAGGGAGGAGGCUGCCGCUUCCUGCGCUACAAUUGCUCCAUUCGAGCUCCGCGGAAGGGGUGGACCCUUAUGCAUCCAGGACGCCUGACCCACUAUCAUGAAGGCCUUCCAACCACCAAAGGAACCCGUUACAUCGCAGUGUCCUUUCUUGACCCCUAAAGCCAUGCAUCACAGGAAGGACCUUUCCCUGGUCCUGCUCACUGUUGACUUUGAGUGGAAACAGGGAAUGCCUGCCGAGAGUUUCUAAGGCAUUGAUUGAUCAAAGCUAUUUGGAUAUUGAUUUUUAACCAUAUUUUAAGACUCUACUACUGGAAGAUCUCCCUCUCUGAUACUGCAGGCAAUAUCUAUGAAUAUUGCUGUAGAAUUUGGAAGGAGAUGUUGUGCCUUUGUUUUUGAUUCUGCUCCUCAUCCGCUGUUUCUUGGAAAUGCGGUUUACUUGAACCUUCACUGGUUGGUUGGCUUCACAAAAACGCUUUCUUGGACUGGAAAUCCAGCUUUUUGGAGGCAAAUCACAAGCUUUGGGUAGCCGGAAGCCCAUUUUCAUCCACAGUAUAUACAGGACUGGACAUUAGACAAUAAUUCCUAGAUACUAUUCCAAAUAUAAACCAAUCAGGGAGCUGACUCUGAGAGUUAAACGUCAUAGCAGAUGAAAUGCAGUAGUAAGAGCUUGAAGAUCAUCUGGUUUCUUACCUCUUUGCAGUACUUGGAAGCAUACCACAAAGUUCAAAGCAGCAGCAGUGGCGAUAUAGGUGCUUACUCUUGGCUAAAGGAAGGUCCGCUAAUGAUACCUUACCUCUGGGAUUAGACUGAAGAGAUAAGAUAGCUUUCCUGUCUUCUGUUGCUGCAGCUACAAGGAGGAUGCAGCCCUAGACAUGGUCAGACCAGGUUGGUAGGCAUAAAUAAAAGCUAAAAAAGGGAAG